AGCUUAGUGUCAUUCUCCCAACUUCAAAAGCAGAUCAUUGACCUUGCCUCGACCCACUUUGUACACCUUCCAGUGCGACCGCCUUCAGAAGAUCUCGCACAGGUUCCUUCGAACCUUCCAUCAUUCCUCGGCGACACCGUAGCCUCUAGGCAAGUUCGUGCUGCAUAUGUAGCACAUACAGUGUCCAAGCUGAUCACGUACCGAGUUUUUGGUCCCUUCUUGUUCAGCCUCGGUCGUCGUUAUGACAAGGCCGACUCCUUGUUUCUCUCAAUGAGCAACCACAUCCGCGAUAAGAGCACCCGCAAAGAAGCAAUCUGGCGUCAACAGACGCUCCUUGCUGCAUUUACGAGCAGUGGCGCCAAGCAGCGUAUUAACACCGCCGCUGGUACUGUCGUUGAAGAGAUUGUUAACGCGAUCAAACACUUUGCCGACCCGAAGGAAGAAGAAGGUAUCAAGAUUGGUGUCAAACGCAUUGUGAAGCUUGCCGCUGAGACAUGGCGCUUUGCACGCCUCGAGCGAGAGAUGGUCACGGCAACUAUGCCAGCAUUGCAAGAUGAAGAACACCAGUUUACAGGCCCUGAGUAUUGGCCUGCUUACAAGGCCGAGGGCACUAUCAUAGCGUCCCUCGCAGGCACUUCACCUCCAUCCGAUGUUCAGCCUCAACUACUACUGAGGCUCUUCCCGGUCAUCUAUCGCGAGUCGAAGCAUGAGAACUUUCAUGGUGAUGGAGAGAUGCGUGACGAAGGCUGCAUCUUCCACCAUGGACUGGCUCUGUAUGAUGAUGCAGAGCCAGUUGUACAAAGGGCGGAAGAGCUCAAGUCUGCUGGUUUGCCUCCCUUUACCACUGCUUCUUCGUCGACUGCUGAUGGUUCUGGGAAGUUUCCGCCCCCAGCGGUGCCUCCACCUCGAGACCCUCUACCACCUCCUCCCGCUCCUCCUCAUUCCGCUCCCAAAAUGGCUGAGACGGCCUCGGCAAAAUCAAGAUCUCCCCCGUCAUCGCUGACCGAUAAGUCUGAGAGGGCUUCCGUCAGGCGGGCGACACCGCCACCUCCUCCAUCCUCGAUACCGACCUUAGAGGACUUGACACCUUCGAUACCAACAACUGCGUACAAGCGUCCACCUCCGGGACGGAUUGAUUUCGCCUCUCCUAGAAAUCUUGUCGGGCUCCCUAUGCCUGUCGAGAGCUUGGUUGCAUCGCUACCGCCUCCAAGGCGAAAGAAGACAGUUGAUAUACCAUCCACUCCCACAGAACCAGUGCCGGAGGUGGCUGAGCCCCCAGCUCAGUCUGUCCCAUCGCCCACUUCUCGCUCAUCUCAGCAUGCUGCUUAUCAUUCCUCGACUCAGCCUUCUCCUCCUCGUCAUCCACCACCGCCACCACCUCAAGUGGCAGAGCCGGCGGAAGAGCCACCUCAUCCCACACCUACAGAAAGUGCGAUUCUCCCAGUGUCCUUCUCCGCAUCCACCAUCCAAGAAAGCGGAAGCCGAGACCUCCCCACACCACCACACUCUCGCUCCGGUACACCGACUCGCCCCGUGUCGCCUCUCUUCGAGGCCAUAGACGAGAUCGAUGCCAUACAGACUCAUCGUAGCCGAAACCCCUCAAUAUCUUUAUCACGCCGCCGUUCAACGCAUACCCGUCACUCCAGUGAACGAACCAUCGAAGAUGAACUACCAGAGGUCAACCCCCGCUCGGAAACUGUACGUCGAACAAGCGGCUACGCACUCAGCGCGCGGACAUCAAAGACAAGCGAUAGUGAUCGCACGGAACGAACGGAACGCACUGAGAAGUCUGAGCGUACCGACAAGUCUGAACGCACUGAUCGUUCUGACAAGACAGACCGCGACCCUAAGUCCCGUUACAUGUGCGAAAGUCGCAGUGCCGCCAUCAAGGCCUUAUAUCCCAACAGCCCUUUGGCAGGUCAGGGUGCGAGCAAUAGCUCGAAAAACUCUGUAAAGAGCGAGAAGAAGAAGGAUCGAGAUUCCACCAGGGACUCGAUAAGAGACUCGAAAGAGCUAAAGAGAGAAAGGAGUGUUGCCGAUAAUGGAACAUGGGACACUAAUAGUCAGAGUCGAACAAGCGAGGAGACGAACACGCAGUUAUCUACCAAAUGA